GUGAACUGUAAGGCUGUAAGGACCCCAACUGGUUUCUUAGUGAAAGCGCUUUCUUUGUUGCCAUGGCCAACCUCCAAGCAUUGCUGAUUCUAGUUCCAAAGAUGACACUGGAUCAGCUGAAUGAUUUGAAUAAGCUUUGCAGGCCAUUGCAGCAGCUUUGCCAUGAGCAAAUGUUGAGAAAGUUCCAGGCCAUCCAGCAAGUUGCUGAUCGGGUGGUCCACCAUGGCGAGGUGACCAUGGAGUCCAUUUUAGGAUUUUCAGGCAUGGAGUAUCAUGAAGAGAUUCUGGAUUUCGCCCACUGCAGCAGGAGAGCCGCAGAGGCCAUUCUUGCGCUCAUGGAAGCUGAGAUGAAAGAAGACACCUUGUACGACAAGUGCACUUCGUGGUUCCAGGAGUCUUGCAGGAUCAUGGGCAUCGCACAACAAUUGGCGUAUUGCCAGACCGAGAGACGAGGUUUUCACACUGCUGCCUCUGAAAUCAUUUGGAGAACCCGCAGGGUGGAAGCUCUCUUCUUGCUUCAGCGGCUGCAGUCGAUCUAGUGCAUUCGCCUCGAUUACCUCCUCGGAUGCGGCAUCACAGCACUUUUGCCCGUGCCAGCUUAGUGGCAGGAACAUGGGCGAAGAGAAAAGCUGUUUGCUUGCCCUUUAUGCAGAGGUGAAUAUAUUGAGCUGUGAGAAGUUG